GCUCCCGGUAGGAUGUCAAACAUGGCCCUGACUCUGUGGUACUCCAUCCUUCAAUACUACGGGAAGCGACUCGAACAGGAGGAAGCACUGCCCACGGGCCGAUAUCUCCAUGCUGCAGCUGCCGGAAAGCGGAGCGGCGGCCCCGCUCCUGGGCUGCAGCGCCUCGGACCUGGGUGUCGACUCGCUCAUGGCCGUCGAGAUUCGGGUGUGGACCUACAAGGCCGCGGGGAUCCUGGCGCCGCCGAGCAUAGCGCGCCUAUGCGCUAACGCCGCGGGCGUGGUGGUCGCUGGGAGGAAGGAGGGGGCGGUUGCGGCGGCCGAGAGCAAAAAGCAAGCGGCUGCUGUGGUCUCACAUAACGACCAGGGCAUUGCUACUGCUGUUGCUGCUACUGCAAACAGCCCUCAGGUUUCUGCGAGCGGCUCGACCAUUUCCAAGGACGGCGUUGCCUCUGUCAACACAAUCACCUGA